AACAGCAGGUGGCGUACACCCCUAAUGUAGCCAAAAAAGAUGAAACCGAUGAAAAUACAAGAGAAUGUCUGAAAAUACCUUUAGCAUUUGUGUGGUGUGUGCUAUCCGUAUUGGAUUUUUUGGUAGCUAGCAGUUUACAUGAAGCCUGUGCUUCUAUCUUAUUCUAUGCUCUAUGCUGUUGGUAAAUAAACAUUUGACUGACCUAGUCUAGUUUUAAGGCAUGACAGAGUUUACGGGGGAUGUGAGUCUCAUUAAAACUUCCUCGCUGAAAUUGCGCCUCUUGCAAACAACAUUACCGGAUCCCAAAUAUGGAAGUCCGUGAGUCCUCUGCCAUACGUUUGGUAUACUCCAACCAGGAUUUUGUGGAUGAUGUUUGUCGGCCGAAUAUACUUGAUGACAAAAAGGCCAUCCCGUCGUCUUUUGACACAAUGUUGAAAGCUGCCUGGUCCGACAGAAUGCGAAAAGGGGUUUUUCGUUAUCACCUAGGUGACUUGCAGACACGGAUUCUACCUGGCCCGUCUAGGUAUGUCGCCCAACUGAAUGUUAAACGAGGAAUAGAGAGAAGAAAGCCCGAGGAAAUAUUGAAUAUUAAGCAAAACUAUAACCCUGAGCAGUUCAACUUCAACAAAAUAAAACCAGAAGAAGUCAUAUUUGAGAUGACUCAUCACGAGCAAUUCAAUGAGAGUGAAUUGGGUAGAAUAAUGGUUAUCGUUAAUGUUAGCCCCUUGGAGUUUGGACAUUGCUUAUUUAUUCCUGAGCCCAGCAGCUGCUUUCCACAGGUUUUGACGCCUUCAGCCAUUCGGACUGGGAUUGAGGCCUUGCUUCUGAGCUCUGAUCCCGGUUUUCGGGUCGGAUUCAACAGUCUUGGUGCAUUUGCUUCCGUCAACCAUCUACACCUCCACGGUUAUUAUUUGGACCACGAGCUUCAGGUCGAAUGUGCCUCAGUCCGGCCUUUAAUUCCUGAAAAGGGAUUAUAUUGCUUAGCACAUUUUCCUGUUGGAUUUUUAUUCUACACGGAAAUAGAUCACCUGGAUAAUGUUGUACGUGCUAUUAGUCAGGUCACUGACUACUUGUUGGAGGGGAACCAGGCCCACAACUUGUUCUUCACCCGAGGAUGCCCACCGGGGGACACCCACGUGGGUUCACGGCGCGGCGUGCGCAUUGUUGUGUGGCCCAGGAUAUCCUGCUUUGGUGCUAAAGAAGAAUCUGCCUUCAACGUGGCUCUUUGUGAGCUGGCAGGACAUUUGCCAUUUAAAAACAAACAAGAUUAUGACAGUAGCACAGAGGACGAAGUAAAGUCUAUCAUUCAGAAGUAUCUCAUUCCUCACGAAGAAUUUCUUCAGUUGGAAAAACAACUAAUCGCCCAUUUGCGGAUGGAUUUAUGCCCUUGAUUUAUGCAGUGUCUUGUAACAAUGUAAAGCCUGUAGAAGCCUGAAUUAUCUAGGCCUAUAUAGGCCUAUAUUAUCUACACAGAUGUACCACUGUAUAGAUUAACUUAACACGUAUUGAAACGUAUUGAAUUUGUGGAUGACUUAACUUUAAAUAUGAAAUAAAAUAUUUAUUUGUAAUAACAGUA